AUGAUAUUCUCGACUUUAGAACAUAUAUUAACGCAUAUAUCUUUUUCAGUCGUGUCAAUUGUAAUUACAAUUCAUUUGAUAACCUUAUUAGUCGAUGAAUUCGUAGAACUAUAUGAUUCGUCAGAAAAGGGCAUGAUAACUACUUUUUUCUGUAUAACAGGAUUAUUAGUUAUUCGUUGGAUUUUUUUGGGACAUUUACCAUUAAGUGAUUUAUAUGAAUCAUUAAUCUUUCUUUCAUGGGCUUUUUCCAUUAUUCAUAUGGUUCCGUAUUUUAAAAAACAUAAAAAUUUUUUAAGCGCAAUAACCGCGCCAAGUACUUUUUUUACCCAAGGGUUUGCUACUUCGGGUCUUUUAACUGACAUGCAUCAAUCCGAAAUCUUAGUGCCCGCUCUCCAAUCUCAGUGGUUAAUGAUGCACGUAAGUAUGAUGAUAUUGGGCUAUGCAGCUCUUUUGUGUGGAUCAUUAUUUUCAGUAGCAUUUCUAGUAAUCACAUUUCGAAAAAUCAUAAGAAUUGUUGAUAAAAGCAAUAAUUUAUUAAACGAUUCGUUUUUCUUUAGUGAGAUACAAUAUAUGGCGGAAAGAAAGAAUGUUUUAAGAAAUAUUUCUUUUCUUUCUUCUAGGAAUUAUUACAGGUUUCAAUUGAUUCAACAAUUAGAUGACUGGGGUUGUCGUAUUAUAAGUAUAGGGUUUAUCUUUUUAACCAUAGGUAUUCUUUCGGGAGCAGUCUGGGCUAAUGAAGCAUGGGGAUCAUAUUGGAAUUGGGACCCAAAAGAAACUUGGGCAUUUAUUACGUGGACCAUAUUCGCGAUUUUUUUUCAUAUUCGAACAAAUAAAAAAUUGGAGGGUUUCAAUUCCGCAAUUGUCGCUUCUAUCGGUUUUCUUCUAAUUUGGAUAUGCUAUUUUGGAGUUAAUUUAUUAGGAAUAGGACUACAUAGUUAUGGUUCAUUUACAUUAACAAUUAGCAUCUAA